CAAACACACUUCUAGUCAGUGACUGAUGCCGUCUACGAGUCCACACUUUUCGCACUUUUUAUUUGUUUUCAUUUCAAUUCACUUUCCGAUCAUUAGUUUCAUUAGUUGUCAAUCACUCGUCAAUUGACCGCAAAUCUAAUCAUUGGUUUCGCUGUGACUGUCACUAAAGUGAAUCUGAGAAGAGAUGGCGUUCUCCCCGAAUAGGGAGCGAUACGACCGGUUCGAGAGGGAUCGGUCACCCCUUGGCGAUCACAUGUGUGCCACAAACUCACCCCCGAAGCAGACACUGGCCGAUCAGUCCCGUGAUCUCGCCAUUAAGGUGCAGAUCCUGACCGACGAGAAUCGACGUCUCAGUGAAGACAUCCAGGGCCUGAAGGCGGACAACGCAGAGCUGACCACUGCUAACACUCUGAAGGCCAAAGAGCAGACCCAAGCGAUCAAUGGUCUGAAGGCGGAGCUGACGACUGUUCGCAAGGAGAAGGAGAAACUGAACGAAGAGGUGAAGGAAAGGAAGAAGUUUCUGGAGUUUUAUAAGAAUAAGAAGGACUCAGAGAUCAAGACUCAGAUUCAGAAAUACGAGAAGGAGUUGUCGGACGAACGGAAACAGAAACAACAUUUGGAGCAACAGUUGAAAGUGAAGGACGAGGAGAAGAAGAAGCUGACGAACCAAAUGAAGGCUCUCAUGAAGGAUAUGAAGGCCAGCGACAAGUCGGACGAGAAGGAG